GCGAUAUUUCUGGGUACACGGGAGCCCGGGCGACCCGGGCUUCUGUGAAACAUGGCGGCCGGUUGAGGCUGUAACACAAGCAUAACUAUAUGAAGGAAGAAGGGGAGGGUUUUCCUGAAGAUGAGGCGACUGAAUCGGAAAAAAACCUUAAAUUUGGUGAAAGAGUUGGAUGCCUUUCCGAAAGUUCCUGAGAGCUAUGUAGAGACUUCAGCCAGUGGUGGUACAGUUUCUCUAAUAGCAUUUACCACUAUGGCUUUAUUAACCAUAAUGGAAUUUUCAGUGUAUCAGGAUACAUGGAUGAAGUAUGAGUAUGAAGUAGACAAGGAUUUUUCUAGCAAAUUGAGAAUCAAUAUAGAUAUUACUGUUGCCAUGAAGUGUCAGUAUGUUGGAGCAGAUGUAUUGGACUUAGCAGAAACAAUGGUUGCAUCUGCAGAUGGUCUAAUUUAUGAACCAGCAAUAUUUGAUCUUUCACCACAGCAAAAAGAGUGGCAGAGGAUGCUGCAGCUUAUACAGAGUAGGCUGCAAGAAGAACAUUCACUUCAAGAUGUGAUAUUUAAAAGUGCUUUUAAAAGUGCAUCAACAGCACUUCCACCAAGGGAAGAUGAUUCAUCACAGCCUCCAGAUGCAUGCAGAAUUCGAGGUCAUCUAUAUGUCAAUAAAGUAGCAGGAAAUUUUCACAUAACUGUGGGCAAGGCAAUUCCGCAUCCCCGGGGUCAUGCACAUUUGGCAGCACUUGUCAACCAUGACUCUUACAACUUUUCCCAUAGAAUAGAUCAUUUGUCUUUUGGAGAGCUCGUUCCAGGAAUUAUUAAUCCUUUAGAUGGAACUGAAAAAAUUGCUGUAGAUCACAACCAGAUGUUCCAGUAUUUUAUUACAGUUGUGCCAACAAAACUACAUACAUAUAAAAUUUCAGCAGACACUCACCAAUUUUCUGUGACAGAAAGGGAGCGUGUCAUUAACCAUGCUGCAGGCAGCCAUGGAGUUUCUGGGAUAUUUAUGAAAUAUGAUCUCAGUUCUCUUAUGGUGACAGUUACUGAGGAGCACAUGCCAUUCUGGCAGUUCUUUGUAAGACUCUGUGGGAUUGUUGGAGGAAUCUUUUCAACAACAGACUUGGAGCCUACAAACCUGUCAAUUCUAUCACCUUUGAGGAUGACCACACAGACAACCACUUACCUCUUUUAGAAAAUAAUACACAUUAGCACCUUCUGAGCGAAGGAGAAAAAACUUUUUGCCUGAAACAGAAAACCUUUUUUAAUAGUAAAAUAUUGUGCAAUAUAUUCAAAGAAAAGAAAAUAUGAAUGAGAGGUAGGAAACACACCUAUGGAAAAAAAAAAAGAAACAAACCCCAAACUGAAAAUCUAUAUAUGUCUUGUCUGUUACAAAUGUCCUAGAAGAAAUUAUGCCACUAAUCAGUGAUUAAGCCCAACUGGAGUAUUGCCUUGAAGAUGACCCCUUCGGAUUAUUUCACAACAAAGGGGCAGUAUCAAAAUCAGACCUUACUUCUUGGUGACAGAAAGCCCGAAGAAAAGACUUCAAACACCUCUAAAGAAAAAGGCAUUGAUAAGUGCAAAUGUUUGCUCCCUUUUGUUUUUAAAAGAUAUGAUGUCAGAAUAAAAUGUGGAAAACAUGGAAAACUAGUCUAGACUUCAAAAAAUUGUGAUCAGGUCACACAAUUAAUAAAGGAAAACAGGGACUAGUCCCUAUGUUAUAGCCAUAUUAAUGUUAAGCCAUAUUGACAAGACCAUUUAUCCAAUAAUUUGGUCUUAUGAAGAGAACUGCGUUUCUUUGAACUCUGGUGAUUGAUGUUUCUAACUGUUCAAGAGGGAGUCUUAGAAGACUAAAGUGCAUUCUACAGGGGGGAGACACAUAGGUGCAGUGAUACGUAACAGAAGUAUCAUUGACAGAUUUUAUAGUAGGGACUUAGAUACGGAGAAGAAAGCACAUUUUUUUAAGAAACUGAAGUUUCCUAAUUCGAUCAUUUAGUAUUGGUAUGCUUUGGGGGGGUGAUAUAAAAAUUCGCUUCUGAUUUAUGGAGAUGACUAGUUUGUCAAAUAUUAAGAGGAAAAAGGGGCAUGUAUGGAAUAUUUUAUACAUGUUGUAGUGAGUGGGGAACAGGGUAAAAUAGAAGAAUGAGGCAGAUUAAGUAAGACAACGCAAUGUCAGAUCUGAGAGAUGCUGUAUUAAACUGUCCGUUAAACUGAAAAACUAGAUUACAGAAGAAGUAUCUGCAUUCAGGGUAUCCUGAAUGUGACUGGUUCUGUAUUAGAGUGUGUUGUUUUAGCUUUCUUGCUAUUUAUUUGUUAUUUAAGGGUUGAUUUUAAAUUCCAGAAUACAAGAGAUAGAAAAUAAUGAGAGGGUGCUAUCACUCAGGUGCCAUUAAAGUCUGUAUUUGGAAUGUGUGUGCCAACAUCACUUUUCUUUUUGUAGUACUUAGAAGAAUCAUCAACUAGUCCCCAUAAGUUUAAAUCAUGUAGGGAAACAAUUCCAGGUAAAUAACAAGGUCGAGACUUUAAAAGAUUAGAUUUAAAUGAUAGCUUUUAGAGAAUGAAAAUACAUUAUUAUUUUUUAAAUUUUUUUUUUUUUUAAGUUAAAACAAAAUUCCUUGAAAGCAGUUGGGACAGACUUACUGUAAUAAAAGAGAAGGGAGAAUAGUGACAAAAACUACAUUGCAGUAAAGUUUAUAUUGCAUGAUACUUUGCAGAAGAUAACAGAGGCAUCUUUAUUUAAAAUAUACCACUUAUCAUUAAGAGUCACGAAGUUAACUGACUAAUAUAGAUGACAUAACCAGCCUUGAAAGGUUUUGAAAUAAAAAACAAACAGAAAAUAAAUGUGCUUUAUCUGUUUUGUUUCUUCAGCUAUUUUCAGUAAACUUGGUCUAGGAACGAAUGGAACAGCUCUCAAAAGAAAUUUUAAUUGACAAGAAUUAGAAUUUUAGUGAAUUGAGACUGAGUGUUGGUUCUCUGAAUCUGUAUGUCAGAAAAUUCAACCAAGUUUUAGUUUUGUUUUUAAUGGGGAAAAAAUGAUUAUUUUCUUUCAAUUAGGAUUAUAAGUUAAGUUCUUUAAAAAGAAUUGUUAAAAUUAUUGUAGUACUUAAAUAUUUUGUUUACAUGUUUUCCAAAUACCAUAUUAAAAUUUUAAUGGAAUUAUUCUGUCCCAGUAAGAUUGACUAUAAAAGGAAUUUUUAAAGAUCAAUAUCCUGUUUUGCCAUUGAUUUCCAUUAAAAGUUAAGAAAGGUUUCCAUCACUCUUUAAAUAGGGUCACAUUUUUGGCAGUGAAAGUACUAAGCUUCUGGCCAGCCCUGCAAGUGAUGAAGUAUAGCUGCAUAUUAGGAUCUUUUGAGAGGUUUUGACCUUACCAAGUGUUUCUUUUCCUUUGAUGAGAGCACUUUACUGACCUAGCUAUGGUAGAACUUUGCCCUGUGCCUGGGAUGUCUCCAGCCGUAAUGUCCAGCUUUAUUACUCAACCCUCCUUUUCUUUUCAUUAGGGUAUUUAUAAUAUCUAUGUGAAUGUACUCCAGCCUAAAUUUCGGGCCUCAAAUUAUGUAAAAUGGAUUUUUUUUAAAACAUCUUUGCCUACAUUGGCCUAUAAAAAUAUUAAAAAUUUAGGUGACUAUUUCCUGCAGUAUUUGUAUACUUUAGACUACCUCUUUGGAAGAGCUUAACUCAGUGAAUAUUUGUCAGAAUUAAAAAAUUAUUUCUAAUUUUCUACUUAAUUAUUAUCACAUUUUCUCAUAUACAUUUUAUGAUAGCACCCAACUUUUUUACAAAAAAUAGUGCAAACAAAGUUUGCAAUCUUUUAAUAUAAACUUUGGAAUUCAGAAAGGAAUGACUAAGAUCUCAUUUUUUACUGGUGUAAGUAGGGAUAUAUUACGUACUCUUUAUAUCUUGGAUUAGUAAUUCAAAUAUUAUAAAAUACAUUUAUAUAUAACUUCUACUUAAGAGUUUACACUUGAGUUCAAGACACAUUUUUGGUUAUUUAAAAAAUGGCUUAAACCCGGGCCUUAGGAUAUUAAAAAUCAGAGCAUGCCCUUUAAUCUAGUAUGUAAGCUCUUUUUAAGCUCUAGCAAACCUUCAGUAAAGCAAAUUGAGUUACUCUUUAUUCAAUGUAUCAGAAUAAAUCACUAUUUCUUCACUACUUUAUGGUAUAAUUCCUGGAUCAAUCCCCAAGUAUUCCCUUAUUGUGAUAAUCUAAUCAAAGUAGAAUAUCUUCCCCCAUCCCUUUCUGAAAUAUUUCUUCAGUAAUGAAGUCAUUUGCAUCAGUUUAAGAAUAGAAAACAAACUGCCUUGGACUUUUUCUGUUGAUUUUUGUUUUGUUUUGAGGAGAGAUAGGAGAACAUAAAACAUUUCAUGUAGUCUCUCAACCCCAAACAUUUUGGCUCUAAAUAAAAUAACAAGUUAUAAAAUAAUUUCUUUAUCAUUUUGAUCCUGCUAGAAAAUUAAGGUCAGGUACUGUAAAAUAAGCUUAAAAACCAAACCAUACCAGUUGCUGUCAAGUCAAUUCUGACUCAUGGUGACCCCAUGUGUGUCAGAGUAUAACCAUGUUCCAUAGGGUUUUCAAUGGCUAAUUUUUUGAAAGUAGAUUGCC